AUGCGCGCCGGUUUCUUCUCUGUUCUCUUCCUUUCGAGUGUUUUCUCAGUCCAUGCGGCGCCGUCAAUUCUCCAACGACGGGAUAACGAAGUCCUACAGAACAUCGAAUCGGCGGCGGACGAUCUCUUCUCCAUUAACAUCGGAUCCAUCUUGAGCGAAGCAACACCAGUAGUGGCAUCCGUCUUCCAAGAGGCGACAUCUAUCGUUGGGAGCGUGAUUGCAUCAGACACCGCUCUGCGGUCGGAAGCAACGAGCAUUUUUGGUGAGGUCGAGAGCAUAUUGGGUCCAGCCGCGACUGGAAUCGUGAAUAACGUACACGAAGUCGUCAGCGCCGCUAACGGGGCGGCACAAGACUCGGUUGUUGCACGACCACUCGCGAUGGGCGCAGCCGCAGUCCUAGGAAGUAUGUUCCUAGGGGCAUACGUUGUAGUAUAACCGAGGCCCAUGGGAUCGCUUUGAUUUGUUAAUUCACCACGGACGCUUCGUGUAUCAUAUACGCUCUUUCUGGACCCUUCGUAGCACCAGAGGACUCAGUACUCGUUAACAAUGUGAACCGUACUCACUUUAUC